AGUUAGUUAGUAUAACCGAUCGAGAGGAAAGAUGAGUGUGGAAAUAGUAGACGGUGCGACGAUAUUAUGUUUUGUGGAGGACGAGGAAGCGUUCAGCGUGUGCGUGAGCGACCUCUUCGCGCAACUUGACACGAACAAAGACGGUGUUCUGUCGUACGCGGAGAUGGUGAAGGAGUUGCAGAGGCUGAGGGUGUUGGAGACUCACUUCGGCGUGGACGUGAAGCGUGACCCCGAGGAGGUGGCACGUGUGUACGAGUCCAUGUUCGUGCAAUUUGAUCACGACUUGGAUGGGAGGGUUGACCUAGAAGAGUUCAAGGAGGAGACGAAGCAGAUAAUGCUUGCCAUGGCUGAUGGACUCGGCUCUUUACCUCUUCAGAUGGCCCUUGAACACGAUAGCCUCCUCAUGAAAGCCGUUCAACGACAAUCCUAACUUUCUCUUCAACCACAAUCUAUAUGCCAUGCAUGCUGGCUCAUUUAUAUUUAUGUUUUUGUGUUUUGAAUUUUCAUUCCUAUAUAUUGUUGUUAGUUAAGGGGCAUACUUGAGCUUGUUCAUUGCGUCAUUGCUCAUUUCCCUGGAUUAUUUUUGUUCAUUUUUCUUUUGUAUUCUGUUUGUUUUGUAAUCUUGUGAAGAGUUUAAGCCAUGCACGAGGAUUAAACUGAAUACUAGAGGAUCAUGUUUCUUA